AUGUCUUCAUCUAGUCGAUCUUCAUUUCCAAUAAUGAUUAAAAACUCCCAAAUAGUCGAACAAGAAGAAGAAGAUUUGGAUGAAUAUCUUCUUCAUGAAAUGGGUUAUGCACAAGAGCUCUAUCGUGGUUUUUCUCCAUUUAUGUCGGCCGGUCAACUUGCACCUCCUCGACAUGCUCCAUUAGCGUCAUUCAUCUGUGGAUGGUUUAAUUUCGUCGGUAAUGUUGCAAGCGGUGCCGCUUUUUCAUCUGGUUUUUCAACCAUUAUAAAUACUGCUGUUAUACUUGAUGCCGGCGCACAUUUGGCCGAAGAGACUCGAGCUGCUGACAGUGCAGCUCCCAAAGGUAUUGUUGGUACAUGUCUGUGCAGUGCCAUAGUCGGUAUUACAUAUUUGCUUUCGCUUCUCUUUGCUAUUCCGAAUGUAGCCACAUUUAUCAAAGAGAAUAAUAAUAAUAAUUCAUCGAUUAAUUUAGCCGUAGCUACCUAUCAAUUAGCUGUACCACGUCGAGGUGCACUUGCACUUACUAUUCUACUCGCUCUCAAUCUUCAUUUUGGUGGUAUGGCAGUUAUUACAGUGUCAAGUCGUAUCGGUUUUGCAAUGGCUCGCGAUGGUGUAUUUCCUUUUUCACAUUAUCUUCGUUAUAUAUUUGAACCGACAAAAACUCCUCUAGCCAAUGUAUUUCUUGUAUUUCUUAUUGAUUCUGUUCUUCUCUUACUUCAAUUAGUAUCAACAACUGCAUUUACAGCUAUUAUUGCUAUUACUACACUAGGCUAUCAAAUAUCCUAUUUGAUACCAAUUCUUUUACGGUGUACAAUUGCUCGACAUACAUUUCCUGUAGGUGAAUUUAAUUUGGGUCGAUUUGGUAUUCCAAUUGCUAUAAUAUCAUCUAUUUGGCUCAGUAUUACAUCGAUUAUUAUGUUUUUUCCUGCAAAUUAUCCGAUUCUAAUUCAUAUACCAGAUAUUCUUUUUUAG